UUGGCUCAUUGUUACACAGUUUUCCUGACGAUUGGUUCAUUGGAGUGCGUCAGGUCUCAAUAGAGCCUGAACCGUGUAACCGAGGGGUGAAAUAAAGUUUGCAGGCAAACUUUGACAAGAGACGCACAUUUGGACAUCUGGACAAGUGCACUGGGCUUAGUUAGCCUACAGUAAUACUGGAACUAUGAAAAGUUUAAAACAACGGCUUAAGAAAAACGAGAUUACAGAAUGGGGAAAGUAUGAUGAGCGUCUGAUGAAGGCAGCAGAGAAUGGAGAUAUAGAGAAACUCACAGCCACACUCAAGAAAGGAACCAACCCCACCAAACUAGACCUAGAGGGCCAUUCUGCGUUUCAUGUUGCUGCUAGCAAAGGCCUCAUGAAUAGUCUAAAUGUUUUCCUGGAUAACAGUGUCAAUGUGAAGGCCGUAGAUGCUGCCGGUAAAACAGCUUUGCAUCUGGCUGCAGCAGGCGGUCAUUCCAUGUGUGUGCAGAGGCUGCUGCAGUGUAAAUGCCCUGUUGAUGGUACAGACCUGCAGGGCCGUACGGCUUUGCAUGAUGCAGCAUAUGUAGGCUGCAAAUCCGCCAUCAAAGUGCUCUGUGACAGCGGUGCAUCUAUUGAUGCUGUCGACGCAGAUGGUAGAUCGCCCUUAUUGCUUGCCGCCAAGAUGAGCCAAUCAGGAGCAUGCCAGAUGCUUGUGCAAUAUGGAGCAUGCACUGUUCUUCGAGACAAGCAAAACAAGACUGCGCUAAUCUUAGCUUGUGAGAAUUCCUGUAAAGAAGCAGUGGAGAUUCUCCUAAAGACUAAGGCAGAUGUUUCUGCAGUGGACCUUAAUGGCCAUGAUGCUUACCACUAUGCCAGACUAAGUCAGAAACAAGACUUGAUCACACUUGUACAACAUGCCUUGGAAACAACCACUAAAGCUAAAGAAACUGCAACUGUUACACAUCAGAUCCAACAGGCUAAACCCCCAUCAGCAGGAAUUGGCCGGACCAAAGCAGGAUCAGUAAAGACUGCGAAACCUUUGUCAGAGCCACUAACAAGGGAGCAUGGCAGUCAGUCUACUGAAGGAAAAGGUGCCAAUCAAAGUCAGAAUCUGGAUUCUACACAGGUCAGGCCUGCACAGUCAGCUCCUGUGCCAGUGAGAUCUGCUCCGAUGGAGUUAUUGCCUGGUGAGGUGGAGGUCCUUAGGAGAGAACUAAGAGAUUCACGAAGGAGGCAAGAAGCAGCAGAGGCGGAGGUGCACAGGCUGGACACGGCGCUGGCUCUGCGUGCUCAGGAGUACGAAGGACUGAGGAGAAGCAGUGAGCAAGCUCUGCAUGCGGCCCAUAACCGGUCAUGGGAGCUGGAGGAGGCCCUGGGCGAGGUGCAGAGGAGGAUGGCCGGCUCGGAAAACCGAGUGAGACAGAUGCAAGCUCAUCUAGUGGCCGUCAGGGAGCACUUGGUGGAAGAGUUGAGAGUCCAGCUCCAAGAGGCCAAAGGUCAGCGAGAGGCAUCCGUAGCUGAACUGGGGAGGAUGCAGAAGGAGCUCAUCCAGAGCAGGAGGGAGGUGGAGCAGCAGAAGGAGAACCAGAGCUCCUUAAUGCAGGAACUUAGUCGGCUUUCCCAUGAGCUCCUCAGCAGAGAAGAGCAAAUAAACACAUUGAGGACCAGGUUAGCGGAAAUGGAGACACAGCAAGCUGAGAUGUUGUGUAAAGAAGCUCAGACCCCAUCAGAAUGGUGCCUCACUCAUGAGAAGAGCACCAUGACUGACCUCACCACAGAGACCAGUGAACCAACCAUAGAUCUGGAGAACUACAUUAGCAAGAAUGAGCACACAGUCGUAACUAGCUCACUGAAAGAAGCACUGCAACAGGCUGAAACCAAAGCUGACGAGUCUCUACAGAAGAACCAGAGUGCCCAUGAGGAGAACCAGAGCCUGCUGAGAGAACUUCAAGAACAAAAGACUGAGCUGGACACCAUCCAGGAGGCUCUGCAGGCUAGGUUUGUUCCUGUUGCCUUAGUGGAGGAAAAGGAGAAAGAGGUGGAGCGACUCAAACUGGCCCUUGAAGAGAUGGAGAAGCGACAAAACCAGGCCAGUGUGAACAUCUCAAACAUAAAGGAUGAGGUUAUUCAGAGAGAAGAACACAGACAGCCAUGCACAAGUCAAGUACAGCAUAACCAAGUGUCUUCUUCUACAGGGAGUGACAGAGCAGAAUGUGAAGUCAGUAGAAGUGCAGUGAAAAAUGUGCAGCCAACUGAAAUAGAGAGCAAAAGUAGCACAACUGAAGACCAGGGCAGCACAUUGCAAGAUCAAGUUGAAAAGUCAUCAGUGGAGCAUGAGGGACAGAGGUUGGCUCAGGUCAACAUAUCAGAACCCAUCAGCUCCUGUGAGCCAUCACAGUCUGACAGCUCUCUCCAGGCUCAGGUCCACAUCCUACAACAGCAGCUAGAGGACUGUGAAAAACAUUAUAGACAUGUGCUUUCAAUAUACCGAACACGGUUGCUCAGUGCAGCGCAGGGUUACAUGGAUGAAGAGGCCAGAGUGGCUCUGAUUCAGAUUGCCAAGAUUAGAGAGGAGUGUGUGUGUUGAGCAUUCACUGUGCUGCUGUUCCUGAAUGUGUGUGUGUACUACUGUUCAAAAGCAUG